UAGGCGGGGAGAAACGAGCCCUUUCCCCAGGCAAAACCGAAGCUGCCCUGGCUCGCCGUGGCGAAGUCGGUGCUCGCCCCGGGCACGAGGGGCUCCUCUCGGCGAGACAAAAGGUGGCCGCUAGCGCAUUUAAGGAUUGUACAUUCUUCACUCGGAAAGAAAUCCUUCGGUUGCAUGGCCGGUACCAUGAAAUGGCACCAAACGUUGUGCCUAUGGACUAUACGAAGGAUCCUGAUGUUAAACUACCUAUGCAGCUUAUCAUAAACAUGCCUGAACUAAAGGAGAAUCCCUUCAAGGAAAGGAUUGUUGAAUCGUUCUCAGAAGAUGGAGAAGGGAGCCUCAGCUUCAAUGAUUUUGUGGACAUGUUCUCUGUGCUCAGUGAAAUGGCUCCCAGAGAGCUUAAAGCAAUCUAUGCCUUCAAGAUCUAUGAUUUUAACACAGAUAACUUCAUUUGUAAAGCAGACCUGGAGAAAACGCUCAAUAAGCUGACCCGAGAAGAGCUAACAGCAGAAGAAAUCACGUUAGUUUGUGAGAAAGUAAUAGAAGAAGCUGAUAUGGAUGGUGAUGGAAAACUAGGAUUUGCAGAUUUUGAAAACAUGAUCUCCAAAGCACCAGACUUUCUCAGUACUUUCCACAUAAGAAUCUGAAGUUGUUUCUGUGAGCCACUGUUCCCAGAACUGACUUGCCUGUCCAGCCUCUCUGAAUCUCAGGCACUUUGAGGGCUGCUGUCCCCUGUUACGACUUCGUAGAACUCGGCAAAAGCUACUGAAAUAAUUGUGGGCCACCGAGAGUCAGAAGCUUCAGUUGAUCUGAGAGACGUGGCUACUUCGAACACUGCUGUUGGCCAAGCACUCUGGCAAAGAUGGUUGGUUCUUGGGUUGUAGGGGUUUUUUUAACAGGCAGAACCAGAAGAUUAUUAAAGGUAUUUCCACAUAGUUUUUAUAUUUAUGAAUAUUUAAUACUGCUCUUCAAAGAAAAAAAAAAAAAAAAAAAAUCAUCCGAAAGGUUGACUUUGGUGACUUUUUCCAACUGAUUCUGAAAGAAAGCAAGGGCCUUAACUAAAGAGAUGCCUCUAUCACUGUGUUCUACAGCUGGGGAUCUUGCAUGGAAGUAAUCUUAGGUGAAAGAGCUGCAGUCGGAUCAAGUUCCCAGUGUUGAAGACGACCACAUCCCAGGUUUGCAUUUCAGUUGCUGAAACAGCAGGUGCUGGGUUUGGUGCUUACCUUCAACCAAUGUUUUAUGGACUGUCGUGUCCUUAUAAACCUUGAAGUAUUUGCCUUUUGUAUAUGAUUUGCAUACAUGAUUCAUUUCUUCCUCCAAACUGUUUCCUUACUCUCAAAGGAGGUCUGGCCUUUUUCUCAUUCUCUGGGCUGAUAAUGUAUGGAAGAAUACGAUCGUCUGUAACGGUGAAGAAGUUCAAGAAGCACAGCACUACUACCAAGGACAUAAAAAGACCUUUUCUUUCUAAACCAGCUAUGCAAUCUUUCCCAUAAAAUGCAUGAAUGCAGCUCUGUAUUUUCU